AUGUUGAAGCUAACUCAGUGGUGCCUGCAGCCUGCCUUCCAGGCCAUCAACCUCGAGCCGGAGGAAAACAUCGAUGAGCAAAUCGACACCACCAAAGAGCUACACGUAGACGAAGCCCUAAAGCUUUUCCAAAAGGCCCUGCGACUACAUGCGCAAGGUCGAGCCCAUCGUGCCGAAGCGGCGGAGGCCUACAACGAACUAUUUAGAUGCGAAAUCUUCAAAUAUCGCGAGGCUAGAACCGACUACGAGCGCGCUGAACGACAAAUUGAUGGAAAGCCUGAUACACUAGCGCUUGAAGCCUUCUCAGCUGGUCUUGAUGUCGAUGCUGGUGGUGCUGACGGCGUCGCUGCAAGCCUAGCACAAGCGCUCUACAUUUCAUACAAGAACUAUGGCCAAUUUUUUCUUGACAAGCUGAGGGAUUCGUUUGACGUCACAAAAGGUGUGAAAAAGCUACCAUACGACGAAACUGCAUUUCAGAUCCUCGACAAUUGGGUGAAAGCACUCGACCAAGACCCGUCUGACCCAGAGCUUUGGCGCAAGGCAUCACGAUUCGCGGCAUCCAUAAACAGCAGUCGUCUGAAGCGAUUCUGCUUGGAAGCUGCCAUUGAGCUCGACGAUGACCCAGCGGUCGAUGAAGUAGAGCCGCCCUCUUUGGCUGAAGCCUGGGCAGGCGAGCAGCUGAAAGAUCACUUGAACGUUCUCAGCGACGAUAUGGCAUUGACACAUCCCAGCAUGGUACCAUGGGUCAAUCGCGAAAUGCCGGAGAUGUUGAAAAUUCAUCUUGACCCAAUCAAAUUUCUGCCCGACCCUACUGCACAGCUUACUCCUCCGCCCUCAAGCCCACUGAAGGAAGCCGAGGCAACUGAAGAUACUCUGAUGACAGACGAGGAUAACGUGACGCCUAUAACAUCCUGGUCUGAACUUGCCGACGCACUCAUGCUUAGUUUGGAUGACACGAAUGCUGCUGUCAGAGCCUGCGGGCGCAUAGUAGCAACAGCAGACGAAGAGCUCGAGGAUGCGCCCAAAGAAAUCACACAAUCCACCGAACAAGAACUUCCUGAAGAGCCCGAAAAGGUCAGCGAGACACCAGUGCCACGGAAAAUUGCCGAUGAGAAAACAAAGGGUAGUACGGAUAGAUCGGAGAGCCCUACGAAACCAGCCGAGCCCUCACGCGGCACCCCAAUUCCGACUAAAAAAAGAUCGCAGUCUGUCGCGGGUCUUGCAGAAGGUGCGGAAGAAGAAACUGGUCUUUCCACACGAAGCAAGCGAAUUCGCCGUCGAACCGACAUGACAAUCAUCGAAGAGCCUGCAAACCCCAUAGUUGCAGCCGCAGCGCAGCUACAGGCAUACCAGGAGUCGGACCAGAAUCUGUUCCAAGUAACAAAGAAUAUACUCGAGAGCAUUGGAGUCGAGGACAAAGCAACUUUUGACGUGUUAAGCCAGAUCCAGGAAAUCUCGUGUAGCGAGGAUCGUCCCGCGAAAUUCUCCAAUGUCGCGGCUCAGGACUUGCGUGCCAUCUUUGAAAGAUUUAGUGACACCACGGCGAACGUUUUGCUCACGAAGAAGAGUCAGCCCUCGCUCAGCUUAUCCUCCUUUCUAGAAAACGCAAAAUCGAGCCAGCAUGGCCAAAUUCCAACAGCUAUGUUCAACGCAAAGAAAGGAUUACAACACUUUGCCGACUUUGUGGCCGCACGCCAAGAUUGGAUCACCACUGGAGAUGUUGUCUAUGAGUGGAUUCUUGAGCUCAGCAAAAGCUACGCAGAGCAGCAGUGGCCAGAAAAACUCAAGAUGGCGGUUAUCGAUAUGUUGGAGGGUGCCGAUGCAAUCAUUUUCGAACACGUCACUUCGGAUCUAGAAUUCGCGAUUCAGACAAAGGACCUGAAGGCAUUUGCCGCGCUAGAGAAUGUCAUUCCAAUGCUUUUCGAGCUUCACGUUGAUGUGUACGAGCGCAUGACCGCCCCCACGAGUGUUGUGGAUACUAUCACUCGAUUGAAAACGAAAUACAGACUUGGUCGCUGGCUAGACGUAGCAUCAUACUAUGCUCGCGCCUCAGGCCGUCCAGCUCGAGAUCCGCUCUGUGUCCGAUUUCUUUGGGCAUCAGUCAUGGCCUCGGCACUAGCAGACGAACCCGUUCGUGAACAUAUUCUCGCCAUGUGGACGUCUCUGCGGGAGUUUCUUGCGCAGGCAAAGAUCCAGCCACUUACUCUCCCAAACAAUGCCGCCAUGCUGAAUAUCUCUGCCGCCGCCGCUGAUCGAGAAAUCUCCAAGCUCAACACAAUGGACUUUUUCCUCAAUCUAUUUCAGGAGAACAUGACAAACCCUUUGCCAGUCAUUGACAUUCUUGAGCCUGUGUUGAAUCCCUCGUCUGUCUAUACUGCUCCUGAAAAGGCAGCCAAGGCUCGUGAAGCAGGGGAUCAACCAGAUGACUCAGGCGAAGUAACGAGCAAGCCGAUUUCUGAAUGUGCUACUCAAGAAAUGCAAGACCUUUGGAAAUUUCUAGAGAAUAGCAGUAUUGAGUUGAGACUCUUUCUGUGGUCUCGUCUUGGCGAUGCAUACGAAGCCAUUAGCUAUACGACAAAGAGAUUCUCUUGCUUAUUAAAAAGUGUCGAGAUGAUUGUCGAUGAUUUCAGUAGCAAUGGGUAUACCAGUAUGAAAGAAGACUCGCGGCGGAUGCUCCUGAUGAAAACGAUGAAGUCCUUGGACGGACUACUUGUCGACGCAUUGGUCAUGGCUCUCAACGACAAAACCGCCUUUGACAUUGUCGACGAAGAUCACAUCAAGCAGAGCGCUGCUGCACUAGCUCGACUCAGCGCAAUUCUCCAUUCGAUCUCGUUGUUCGAGGACGAAGUCAGGGUUGGCCUUCUCACCGCCAAAUCGAGCAAUUCGACCUUUCAAUCCCUUUUGAACAAACUUCGCGAGAUGCAAGUUCGCAACUGGUGCCUUCUCUACACAUUGAACAAACAAGCAAUAUUCUUGAACAAGGAAGUUCUGAAACCUGAGAAUGAAUUGGCUACAUUCCUUGCCGCAAUACACUUGUCCAUCGGCCAUCGCAAAUUCUGCAAGGUGUCCAGCAAGGUCUUUUUGAAUCUAAUGCGCGUCGAGCUGCUCAGUUUGAAAGACGUUGAGAACUGGGAGGACCAUCUUGGGCAAGUUCUAUACGACAUUUACGGUCUCAAGAUUGGCGUGGGCAUUUGGGAAUUACAAGAUCACGGCUGUCCCAAUGAAAAACUCGAGAAGCGACAUACCAUGCAGCUCGUGGAUAAGAUUAUGACGUUGGCGAAUCGCUUCACGCUCAAAGACCUGCUCAAGUCCGAUCUCAAAACAACCAUCGACCAAAUGCAGUCCACUAUUGGCCAGACUAAAUCGACGCCACAGAUGCUUCACAAUCUACGAAAUAUUACGGAUGUGCUAAAAAGGCCCAUCCACCCAUUGCGCUUGUACCGUGCACUAGCAGGAAGCGUUGCUAUCGACUCAGUGACGGUCAAUAUUCCGGAAGCAGCGCUGGCCAAUGGCGGGUGGUUUUUCCUGCUGGGAAUGAUCGCCCUCACGAAGUUCAAGGGCGUAGAGCUCAACCGUCGACAAACGCCUGGAGCCACUGACGAUCUGCGGAUUGGUGCAACCUUUCUUCGCUUGCAGCUGCAAUACACGGCAGAUAGAUGGGAUGCGUGGUUCCGACUCGCAGAGUGCUUUGACUACGAACUAGAUGAAUCGGUUCUGUGGACAGCAGACAAGAUCAACAAGGACAGGGGUGAGCUGGUCAAGCUCCAACGAAAUGCCAUUCACUGCUACACUCUAGCGCUGUCACAUUCGCACGGGCAGGAGGUUGCUACCAAAGAUGGCGAUGCACUCCACGAUCUAUACUAUAAGUUUGCGACGCGGAUGUACUCUUCAAGCAGAGAGCCGUUUGCUAUGGAGCCAUUUCAGCACGCUGAACAGGAGCGCUUCUUCAUUGAAGACAUGGGCUCCGGUACGUUCAAGAAGAUUGUGCACGACCAGAUGACCAAGCAUCAGGUGUGGAAGUUCGCGGCGAAGCUGUACAAGAUGGCCAUUGAGCGCAAGCCGAGCAACUGGAAGAAUCACUACAUGCUGGCGAAAUGCUACUGGAAACUGUUCCGCAACCCUGAGAAGCUUUCCGAAGGAGAGUCAAAGACCAAAAUCACAACGGGCAUGAUCCUGGAUGCCCUGAAGAAGUCGACUGCGGCUGCAUAUAAACCGCGCAAAUCUAAGAGCCAGGAGCCGAUACUGGAGCCUCACUACAAAGUCGUUUCCAUUCUGCACAAGAUGGUAGUCGCAAAAGACGUUCCUGCUGUCGAGGCUGCCGAGAUUCUUUCUGGGCAGCCAUUCGGUGUUCAAGUCAACCCCAACGACCAUUUUGCCGGCUUUUCGGAGCCUGAAGACUGGGAGGAAUAUAUCAUUCGCAAUCUGACAAAGCUUCGGGAUAGGGACAAGUCAAAUUGGCAGCACAGAAUCGUCAUGCGCCAUGCCAAGAUUCUGUUCAACGAGACGACCGACAAAGACAGCCCCGACGCUUUGGUAGAGGCCAAGGCAGCCUUUAGUAUUCUGAGAGACAACAUGUUUACGAAGACCAUGGUCAUGAAUGUCUGGAAGUGCGAUGCCGAGCGUCCUGGUCGUCAUCAUGUGUUUACGGAGCAGUAUACUCGGUUCAUGGUGAAAUUGUUGGUCAUCAUGGGCAACCGUGUCGAUCUCGAGCUGCUGCUUCGCCGCAUCCGAAAGAAGAGUGCUGACUUUUAUCAUUUCAACGAUUUGUGGCAAUCUUGCUCUGUCGCAUACGUCUCUCUUAUUCGCGCAGCUCAUGGCAUCCCCGAAGUCAGCGAAGAUGUCUUCAAGUCCCUGUCAAUGGAAGAAUUUGAGAUUAUCAGCGAGCGUAUCACUCAGUGGGCUGGAGGCGAGGGUCCCCACAUUCCGUCCUUUGAGUGUAUGAAGGAGGCUGUUGAAUUGAAGAAGCUCAACGGGAAUCUGAUGAAAGCUGCCCCUAUGGAUGAUCUCAUCAACGACUGCUACUCCAAAAUCUACACGGACAUCGCAGCCAGCCUGCCGGGUCUCAAACCUAGUAUCAUUAUUGAGGAGCGCAACCAAGCCAAAGAAAUUACGGACCGCUUGGAAGCCGAGGCAGCUAGGGAAGUCCGUCACCCCUCGGCUGAAGGCGGCACACGCGAACAUCAGCCAACUGACAUGAAGAUGGAUGGCGACAAAUCUAUGACUGAGAAACGAACAGAUGAAAGACUAGCCGUGGAGAAGCCAUUAGGUCCUCUUGGCAACUUGCUGAAUAACGCUACUGAGAUUGAUAGCGGCGCCGGUAGUGCCACUCCGAUGGACACGGAAAAGUCGGAAGCUGCGCCAAGGAGAAAGACGGGCGUAAGACGGCCUGAUGUCCUUCGCAAGGCUGAGCAAGCCGUUGUCCGCGCUCUGGAGCCACCAAAGACUGUCGCCAAGAGCCGCAAGAGCAGCAUCUCUAGCGCCAAGAGGGGAAGUCAGACUCCGAACGUUGCCCUGAGCGACGAUGACAGUGACGAUAGCCCCGAAGCGCAGAUGCGCCGCGAGGCUGGCGAGCAGUUUGACGAUUCUAAGCCUCCGGUCGACGUGCUAGGACUACUUGACUCGGGCGAUGACAGUGAUUUGAGCGAUGCACCUGAAGGGUAUGAUGAAGAGGUAUCCGAGGGUCUGCGGAAUCUUGGCCGUCGUGGCGACACUAGUGGUGACGACGCAGACAGCGAAGAUGAAGGCGAGGAAGCCGAUAUUACUGCUGCCGCCGAGCAAGAUGUAGAAAUGGCUGACGCCGAAGAAGAGCAUGCUCUCGAGGAUGAGGUCAUUGAAGAGGAGAUUCAUGCUGCUGGCGUGGAGGAGGGUGAAGAGGCCGACAUUGAAGAUGAGGAGGGUGAAAUCGAGGAAGAAGAUGAGGAGAUUGGAGAUGAAGAGGGUGAAGAAGAAAUAGAGGCGGGGGAUGGAGAUGGAGAUGUGGAAGGAGAGGAGGCAGAGGAGAGGGGGGAAGGCGAAGAAAUAGACGACGGCGGAGAGAUUUAUGACGGCGAGGAGGAAGGAGUGGAUAUUGAAGAAGGCGAAGGCGAAGAGGCUGAGGAAAUGGAAGAAGGUGAGGAGGGCGAAGAUGUCGAAGGGGAAGAUGCUGAAGAGGAAGAAGGUGAAGAGGAAGAAGUUGAAGAAGAUGAGGAAGGGGCAGAGGGCGAAGAGGAAGAAGAGGAAGAGGAACUAGGUGAAGAGGAAGAGGAAGAGGAAGUGGAAGAGGUUGAAGAGGAAGAAGAAGAGGAUGAUGAAGAAGAAGAAGAAGAAGAAGAAGAAGAAGAAGAUGAGGGCGAUGAGGAGGUUGUUGAAGAGGAAGAAGAGGAAAAAGGUGAAGAAGAUGAGGAAGAGGCAGAGGGCCCAGACGAAGAAGAAUUGGAUGAAGAGGAAGAGGGCGAAGAGGAAGAGGGUGAAGAGGAUGAGGGCGAAGAGGAAGAGGGCGAAGAGGAAGAGGGCGAAGAGGACGAAGAUGAAGAAAUGGAGGAUGUAGAGGAUGACGAUCCCGAUCGAUGA